AUGACCACUUCUCAUUUACAUAAACUUAAUCAAUUUUUUAUUCGGAAACAUGUGAUUUUUAAACGACUGGUUCUCCCCAGAUGUUACAGCUCGGACAAUUCCUGUCCCACAUCUGGAGCAGAACGUUACAGAGACUCACAGAGACACUUCAGCAGGAGAGUGAGAGCCACACGGCUGCGCUUCUCUGCCGUCCCGAAUUAUUCAAGGGUUUACGGUCGUCAUCAUGUUUAUUUUAUUGACACAAACGGCAUUUACAGAAUCGACCAAAGACGAGAUAAUUCGCUGGAGAAACUUCUUGAUCUGGAGCGUUUUUUAGAAAAAGGUGGAUCAGGGCGAUGGUGCGUUCAGAGAAUCCGUUUAUCGCCGCAGGAAACACGUGUGGCUGUGACUCUUAAACACAGUCACGAAGAAAAACAAAGAUGUGUGAUUAUAAGUGUCGCACAUGAGUCUUUAUUUCCAUCGGUUCAGCCUCGUGUGAUAUUUACGCUGGAGAAAGUUUUCAGUUUUGAGUGGGCCACAGAUGAUGUUUUGUUUUACUCGACUCUUGAUGGUCUGAGGAGCAGCUCCGUGUUUUGUCUGGACUUCAGUAAAAACGGAAAAAUUUCAUCUGUGUUUGAAGAAUCAAAGCUCGAUGUGUUCGUGGAGGUCGCUCUCACCCGAGAUCAAAAACUCCUCACCAUAAACUCCAACAGCAGAAGCAGCUCAGAGGUUCACGUCAUCGACAAAGAGAAUCCGAGUCACCAACCGAUUCUGGUCCAAAGACGUGAGCCGGAUCUUUUAUAUCACGUUGAGCAUUGGAAAGGUUCACUCAUUAUUCUGACCAAUACUGGCCCCGGACAGGAAUAUCAGGUGGUUCAAGCUUCUCUGUCUAAACCUUCAGUUGAUUCGUGGCUGCCUUUAUUUACUCCUCAUCCUGGAUUUACUAUAAAAGACAUGGACAUAAUUGAAGACUUUGGUGUCUUAACGACCAGGACUCCCUCUCAUCACCUGGGCCUGACUGUAAUAUCACUGAAUAAACCAGAUGUACUCUACUUUAUGGAGCUGCCAUCUUGGUCUUGUACUUUUGAGCCAAAAAAAGCAGACGUCAGAGGCAAAAACAACACUCUGGAGUUUUUGAUCUCAUCUCCCGUUCACCCACCAAACCAGUUCUGUCUCCUCCCCGAAGAAGCUUUGGUUUUAAGCGCUAAAGACAAUAAACGCUACACUGACGAGCUAAACGCCGUUAUCACCUCGCGCCUGGAAGCUCGCAGCAAAGACGAUACGCCGGUGCCAAUCACACUGUUCCACGCCGCACGUUUGGAGGCGUUAAAGGAAGCGCCGAUGCUCGUUCAUGUUUAUGGAUCUUACGGCAGGGACCUUAACAUGGAGUUUUGUCCAAAGAAAAGACUUUUGUUGGAGCUGGGCUGGGCCUUGGCGUUCUGUCACGUCAGGGGCGGAGGAGAGAGCGCCCUCUAUUGGCACAGACAGGCUCGUGUUGAGGGCAAACGGAAAAGCGUGGACGACCUGGUGGCGUGCGUCCAGCAUCUCUUCUCUUCUGGAGUCUCCUCGUCUUCGCUCACCGCUCUGACCGCCCGCAGCGCCGGGGCCGUGCCAGUGGGGGCGCUGUGUAACCUCCACCCGCACCUGGUAAAAGCCGUUACGCUCCAGGCGCCGUUUUUAGACGUGUUGGGGACGAUGGCGGAUUCUGACCUCCCCCUGACCCUCGAGGACAGAGAGGAAUGGGGCGACCCUGUGGGGAAUCCUGAGCACGGACGCAUCAUCGCCACCUACUGUCCUCUCCACAACAUCACUCCUCAGAGGUAUCCGUCCAUGCUGCUGACGGCCUACAGUGCAGACUCCAGAGCGCCGCUGAGUGGGACGGUCAAAUACUCUGAGGAGAUACAAAAGGCCGUUAACUCCCAUUUCACCUUGAAUCAAACAUCAGAACGUGGACGUAAACCAAAUAUUGUUCUGAACGUCCAACCGGGGGCACAUCACACACAGGAAGACUUUGACUUGACGGUGAAUGAGGAUGCACUGGAGCUUGCGUUUCUGUACAAAGAGCUGGGGCUAGACCUUCCUCGUCCUGUACGCAAGAAGAAGAGAUAACAGGAAGUAAAGUCUGUCGCGUCGCGGUGGAAGAAGUAUCGUA